AAUCAGAGCGGUUAAAGAGCAUCGAAGCGUGUGAAGUCAUUUUGUUGUAACUAGGAUUGUAUUACAGAGAGAGAUCAAGAAGACCGUAAAGGGCAAGUCGAGAGUCCUUGAUGCCUUUUCUUAGGCGAAGUCCGCUCUGCACCUAGCUUUCCUCCAAAACACGCGACAACUUAACAAUGAUAUUUGCUAUUGGUAAUUAAAAUUUUUGAGACGCAGAAAUUUGAAUUUUGUUAUUGUACACUACAGAUCUCCAGGACUGCGUCACAAAGAAAACGGGAAACCAAUCAGUUCCCAACAAUUUCCACUAAAAUUAAUACAGACGUGCAGCACACCUCAUUUUGUGACUAACCGAAGGAAACUUUGCAGUUUUUCAGUCGAAGCUGAGCGCAACAGUAAUUAAGCCUAUAUCAAAGAAAGCCGACUUACUGACCGAACUAACGAAAGGUCCGUCGAUAUGAAAGUGGAAGAUCUUAAAUGGUACAGUCCUUUUGUAUUCUUUGUUGGAGCUAUUUUAAGUUUCGCUGAUCCCAUCACCGACAUACUCACACUGGUGGAAUUCUACCGCGCAGAUCACAAGGCAUGGUUUGGUGUGGGACUUACUUUUGUUUUAUUGCCAUGUUUGGCGUUUCUAGUACUGUUCUAUACCCUACGUCAUGCUUCACUUUCAAAAACUGCUCUUUGUGCAUUGCAUCCAUUUUCAGCAGCCUUCGCGAGACUAGAAGCUUUUCUUUUCGGUCUCAAGAAAUGCUGGUCUAGACAUGAAAUCGACCCGGUCAGCUCUGAACGAGCUGGAGGUGUACUCUAUCACAUGGACUUUGCUGUGCUCUUUGAGGCAGUCUUUGAAUCCGCUCCACAAUUUAUAAUUCAGUUGUACGCCAUCAGUGUUCAGGAGGAGCCAGCUGCAAUUAUCCAUAUCAUUUCUCUACCUAUCUCUUUCCUCACGCUGGCAUGGGCCUUCACAGCCACUGAUGAGAGGUCUCUUGACGAGCGCAAAGUAAUACCAAGUAGCGGUGGCCUGAAUGUUAAACACAAACUGGCAUUGUAUGUAACUCACCAACUUCUCCUGAGUAGUCGACUGUUUGCCAUCUGUUAUUUCACCGUCAGCUACAAGUGGUGGGUUAUUGUUGUGUUAAUGUUUCAUUCUUGUGUGGUGGUAAUAGCGACUGUUAUUCAGAAGAGAGGCGCAGUUAACUGUGAUGUCUUCUACGUUUUCUUAACUAUAUUGUUUAUGGGCAUUCACUGUCUAAGAGAUGACUUUGUAGAAUUAUCGAUGGAUUUAGAAAUAACUGGUCUGACCAUGAGUGUGUUUUUAUCACAUAUUUUGUUUGCAUUAGAAAACUUCUUUAUGAUCCUAAUGUUUUAUUUCACUUAUCACCCCAACGCUUGGUACUCUUUACCUGUCACUGUUUGUGUUUGUGGGUUCACUGUUCUUGGCUCCACAAUGAGAAUUUGCCUACUUCGUCGGCUAAGGAAGAAAACUGCCAGAGUUUCACCAGCCGAGUAGCAGUGUUGUGAAUACUUGUUGAAUAUUAUGUUAGUUCAGUAUAAUCUAGUCAUUAUUUAAUAUUUUGUAUGUUGCUACUAUUUGGAUUUGAAGUCCAAUAGUAGGUUUAGGCUGUCGAGAUGAGUUUCGAAGUUGUGGCUAUCUUGUGUAACUUCCAUCACUGGACGUGCGUAGUUGGAGAACGAAAGUUUAGUCUUGUUUUGGCUUAUGCAGUCAAAAAGAGGGCCCAAAUUAGACUUUUCCAAUGCUGUAUCCCGCUGCUAUUUUCCAUUUCUUUUCGCCAUCCCGCUGCAAUGAAGAGUUUCAUUCCGAAUUCGCCUGGUUAAACCAAAUUUGCUUUAGUACACCGCCUUAUUCAACUACUGAUGGAUAAAGCAAAGCCCUUGCAAUAUUGACAAUGUCUUUAGUCUGUUAUUCGGAAUAGAAGAGGAGUUCACUGCAGUACUCUUUACCUGUCACUGUGUGUUUAUGUGUUCAGUGUUCUUGGCUCCACAAAGAGAAUUUGCUUACUUCGUUGGCUAAGCAAGAAGACUGCCGACGGUUCACCAGCCGCGAGUAGCAGUGAUGUGAAUACAUGCUAAAUGUUAGUUCAGUAUAAUCUAGUCAUUCGUUUUCAUUUAGUCUGUAGGUAGUAUUUGAAUUUGAAGUCAGAAGUUACGUUUAGGCUAGCGAGAUGAGUUUCGAAGUUGUGACUCUCUUGUUUAACUUCCAUCACUGGACGUGGGUAGUUGGACUACUGUCCUUGGCCAUGAACCUCACGAAAGUUUCAGUCUUGUUUUGGCUUACGCAGUUAAAGAUGAGUGUCCAAUCCUGUAUCCCGCCGCUAUUUUUCAUUCCUUCUGCCAUCCCGCUGCAAUGAAAAUUUUCAUCCCGAUCUCGCCUAGUUAAACCCAAGUUGCUUUAGUUCACCGCCUUAUUGAACCAGUGAUGGAUAAAUUAGAGCCUUUGCAAUAUGAAUAAUUUCCUGUUAUUACGGAGAAAGACAAAGAGUUAAUUGCUUAAGGCAUAUUUAGCCGGCUUAAAAGACGGUUGUUCCUCGGUGUGUUUAUAGUCUCUAUAAGAGGGACGUAAAAUCUCCACCUACAGGAGGACCAACAGAAAAGCUAUUCUGUUACAUAGAUGAUAUUUUUUUCAGCCAAUCGCACGCCUCAAAGACGCAACAGAAUUCAUCAAUGUUAUAGAAAAAAAAGCUCAUGUUUUGGCUUACACUCUCAAACUUGAUUCUGUUGAUGGGAAGCAUUCAGUGCGUUGUUUUUCAUUUUUUUAGAUUCUAAUAUAAGAGUUUGGAUCACUGAGAUUUCUGACAACAAAGUUUAAUCGAUCGUCCAAGGUCAGUUGGCCAGCAUGCCCGCUCAUUUCCACCAAUAACAAAUAUAUAAGCAUGUACUUUAGAGUUUACUCAGCCAAAGUCAUUGAGCCAGUAGUCAGUGGUCAGCGGUCAGUAGUCAGAGAGAAGUAGAAGAGUGAGAAUAAAACUGUGAGUAACAAAGAGAGAUUAAUCAGAGUCAGAGCCAGACGACCAGGACGGCCAGAGUUGCACAGAGUGAGGCAAAAUUGAAGAUUGAUAAGACUCAGAGCGAGGAGUUUCUACUCGUUUUCAUUUAUUAGUACAAAUUGCUAGAUGUGAUAGAUACUUUUAAAUUUGAAACCCAAAAUAUAGAGGGAAUUAAAUAAACGCAACAAGCUGCGAAUAAUGGAUGGAUAUUAUGGAGUAGAUUGCAGUUACUUUUUAAAAUACUCGGUUUUAGCUUGGAGUAAGUGGUUUAGAGGUUUUGAUACUUUCAACGAGUUUAGAAUUAUGAAUUGAGAACUUUGACUUAUGUUGAUAUAGAAUUUGACUCUCAUGCUAAAUAAUAUGUUGAUUUGCAUUUAGCGCAGCACUUUAAGGUGUCUAGUUCCUCGCAGUAUUUAAUUACAAAUAAAGCUAUGUACAAGUUGAUAGUUUGUAAAACAAGAACUAGAAUAAAAGUUAUUCACAUUUAACAAAACAAAUCCACUCUUUGAGUACUGAGAAUGUCUCAAGAUCAUGGCGUUUCAAAAUCUGUAAAUGGGAAUAACUGAAGGUUACUGAUCCGAAUCGUUAAACAUACAGUGUAAGACUGUAUGUGGCUACUGAUAUAGCUCAAUUUUUAUAGCAUCGAAGAGGACUAGAAGUUGUCUAAUGACGCCAGAUGGUAAUGCUUAAGAAUAUUUAUUCCACAUUCAAAGCAGAAAAGCUGCCGCAUCCCACAUAUACACAUAUUUAUGAGUGGCCUAUUGCACAAGAAAAUAUGAUCUAAGAAUAUAGUGACCACUUGACAUGCAACCAAUGAUUAAAUGAUAACAAAUAAUCAUAUU